UUCUUACCUUCAACGAAAAUUUAUUAAAAUUCUCUUUCUUCUAAUAUACUAUAAUACAACUCAAUGGUGAUGUGUAGAACCCACUGGGAAAAUCAGAGCUGGCGUUUCCUCAUCCAUUCUCAUAUAUUCUCUUAUAAAAUCCCCUUUACAAUCUCCACUUCAUUUUCAUGCAUCUUACACACUUCAUCAUCUCUUCUUAAGCCCAAAACAAACAAACAAAUAUACCAAAACAAAGAAGAAGAAAAAAAGGAAUAGUUAUGGAUCUUCUCUUUCUCUUUUUCUCUCUUCUCCUCUCUUACCUCUUUUUCAAGAUCUGGAAACUCAUAGACUCAAAGAAAGAUAAAGAUUGCUACAUUUUAGACUACCAAUGUCAUAAACCUUCUGAUGAUCGAAUGGUGAGUACUCAAUUCAGCGGAGAGAUCAUUUAUCGAAACCAAAACCUUGGCUUAACCGAAUACAAGUUCCUUCUCAAAGCAAUAGUAAGCUCAGGGAUUGGAGAACAAACCUACGCUCCAAGACUUGUCUUUGAAGGUCGAGAAGAGCGUGCUUCGUUACAAGACGGGAUCUCGGAGAUGGAAGAGUUCUACGUAGACAGCAUCGGAAAACUCCUGGAGAGAAAUCAAAUUUCUCCUAAAGACAUAGACAUCCUCGUAGUCAAUGUCUCCAUGCUCUCUUCAACACCUUCUUUAGCUUCAAGAAUCAUAAACCAUUACAAGAUGAGAGACGACGUUAAAGUCUUCAACUUAACCGGGAUGGGAUGCAGCGCGAGUCUAAUCUCCGUAGACAUUGUCAAGAACAUCUUUAAGAGCUAUGCAAACAAGUUAGCUCUUGUUGCUACCUCCGAGUCUUUGAGCCCUAAUUGGUAUAGCGGAAACAACCGGUCAAUGAUCUUAGCCAACUGUUUGUUCCGGUCCGGUGGAUGUGCUAUUCUCUUAACUAACAAACGUAGCUUGAAGAAGAAUGCAAUGUUUAAGCUCAAGUGUAUGGUACGGACUCACCAUGGAGCUAGAGAGGAGUCUUAUAAUUGUUGUAUCCAAGCCGAAGACGAACAAGGCCGUGUCGGGUUUUACUUAGGGAAGAAUCUACCAAAAGCCGCCACUCGUGCUUUUGUAGACAACCUCAAGGUUAUAACACCCAAGAUUCUUCCUAUAACCGAGCUUUUAAGGUUCAUGUUAAAGCUUCUCAUCAAGAAAAUCAAGAUUCGUCAAAACCCUAGCAAGGGUUCCACGAAUCUUCCACCGGGGACUCCUUUAAAGGCAGGAAUCAACUUUAAGACCGGGAUCGAACAUUUUUGCAUUCAUACCGGAGGAAAAGCUGUGAUUGAUGGGAUUGGACAUAGCUUGGAUUUAAACGAGUAUGAUAUUGAACCGGCGAGGAUGACUCUUCACCGGUUUGGGAAUACUUCAGCGAGUAGUUUGUGGUAUGUGUUGGCUUACAUGGAGGCCAAGAAGAGAUUGAAGAGAGGAGAUAGAGUGUUUAUGAUAAGCUUUGGAGCUGGUUUUAAGUGUAAUAGCUGCGUUUGGGAAGUUGUGAGAGAUCUUACUGUUGGUGAAUCAAAAGGAAAUGUGUGGAAUCAUUGCAUUGGUGAUUAUCCACCAAAAUCGAUUUUGAAUCCUUAUUUGGAGAAGUUUGGUUGGAUUCAAGAUGAAGAUCCUGACACUUUCAAGGUCCCUGACGCUUUCAUGUAAAACGUUUUGGCACAAAAACGCAAACGCAAAAACAACACAAGGUGACAAUAUUUUCUCUUCCUUAAUUUUCUUCGUUUUUUUUUCUUUUUUCCCUUAGUUAAAAAUUUACGUUUUUUUUUAUAAAUGGAUUGGAAAGGAGAUAUGAUCAAUGUAAAAGAAACUUUAAUUAGUUUUUGUUUUAUAUGAUUUUUUUUGGGUGUUAUAAUUUGUUAAUUACAUACUUUGAAAUAAGGGUUUAGGGGCAUGCACUUCCAAUACGAUGAGGGUUUACUAAUUUGUCAUCCUAUUGGAAUGCUGCCUUCCUUUUUCUUAUGUUAAAUGUUGUAUCAUUUUAAUAUUUUUUGUAAUGUUUAUUUUUCACUUUUUUUGUACAAUCGUUUCGCAUUUA